UGUGGCAGUUAAAUGGUCCUUUAAACAUUCGAAUGCAGAAUGAUAAUCCAUCAGAUACAGAAACAUACCGGAAACCCAAGUUGUAUUCAAAUGUUACUAAGUGGACGGCUGUUGGUCGCUUUGACAAUGUAACAAGUAAUAAUCGCAACACAACACUUGGUGUGUCUCGGCCGGUGUCCUCAUUUACUUGUACAGAUUCCAGGUUGUAUAAGUGUUAUGUACAGUACAUAAAAUCAGAUAUGAGUAAUGGCCUUGUAUUUUUACGCAAGGAACUUAAAGUACAAGUGACACCUUCGAAAAUCACAAAACAAAUCUUUGAAGCAAGCGGAGAUGGAGAAACUUUACUUUCUGAAUUAACAAACUCCACUACAAUUGUCCAUGUUGGUCAGAAAUUACGGCUACAAUGCACGGCCAACAUCGGGUCUUUUAACUCAUCAGUGAAUAUUGUUUGGAUGAAAAGUAGCAUGGACAAUGGUAGCCAGCUUGUCCCUUUUACCUCUGGUAAACAGAUAGUCGGGGAACCGAAGGCUUUUGGUAGUUGUGAGUUAGAAAAAACUGACUCUGUAUUGUACAAUGUCAGUCAAGAAGACGCUUUAAGAACAUCGGGAAAUAGUUUUCAUGUUCAGUGUUACGUUCAUAUUACGUCGAUAGACUGGAAAACACCUGAGCAACACAGACCAAAUUUUACUUUUGUUGUCCAUUUGAAUGAUGGAAACAUGGAUAGUCAAAAUACAACUAAAGCUGAGGAGUUCACCGUUAUAUUAGGAAUUAUUGGAGGCGUUUGUGCUUUGGUUAUUUUUGGAGUUGCCGGGAUUUUCCUGAAGAGAAAGUUCUCCAAUCCAGGCUCUCCUAAAGCUGAUGAAAAGUCUGAGGAAACCAGUCAACGCCCGGAUGAAACAAAUACAUCAUUCCCGUGAGCAAGACUCUAUGAAACACCAGCAGAAAUAGAUAGACGAAAUUGAUAACAUACAAAGACAACGAACCGAGCAACUUACAUCCUCCAUCAAGACAACGGAACCGUUACAAUACGAAGAGUUAGGCACGAGCGAGAAUUCAAAACUAUUCACAGAAUUAGAUUGUGCGAUAUACCAAAAUAUAUGUAACUGAAGACUACCAAAAGGCUGCACCAGUUUCGUUUUAUUUUCCUAUACCAGGCGCGAGACAUUCAUGUUUAAAUAAAACAUGGACAAUUUUGACCAGACACUAAAUGGUUCAUUAUAAGUGUAUUUAAAAAUGCUUAAGAAAGCUUUUGUCAUAAUACAGAAAACAUUUAAAACUGUCGCGAAGGAAAUGUAUUAUUUACUACUCUUUUGUUUUGUACUCUUUUCUUUUGUUCUCUUCUAUUUCAAAUAUAUCAUUAUUUUAUUUAUAAAACAAUAAAUAGUGCAAUACACAUCACUCUACUCAUAUUAGUUUUCUAAUAAAUACUUUCUCUUUGUAUUUAUUGUGAAGUUUUGAUAAAGGGUCGUUGUGGUAAAAUGAGUGGCCAAAAUUAGACAGAUGACAUUUUAUUAAAUGUGGCUUUUUAAGAGCGGAAAUAACAAUGACUGUGAAAAAACUAUUUAUGAAAAGUAUCACAGAGAUUGCGAUAAACGUUAAGUGUGACAAAUGUUUUGUUCAUUUGUUGUUGAUUUUUAGAGCUUGUAUUGUUCAUAUGUACUACCUUAUGCCACCAUGUGUGUUUAAGUGACUGGUUUACCUUUGUCUUUGUGUGUCUU